UCUGACAGUGCCCGGGAAGGUACCCUCAAGAUGAGGCAACUGUUGGUCAAGGGAGUCCUGGACAGUGAGAAGGCUUACCUGGACAUCCUCAACCUGCUGAUUAAUUACAAGAAGAUGCUCGAGGCGGCAGGAACCACGUCUCAGCCGGUGAUCGCCAACGAAGACAUCCAGUCUAUCUUCUUCAACAUCGACACCUUGUACAAGAUACACCAGGACUUUGUGCAGGCGCUGGAGCCCAAGGUCAGACACUGGACACACGACGAGCGCAUCGGAGAAAUCUUUAAGAUUCUCGUGAUGCGUUUCGACGCGUUCAAGCACUACCUGACGCACUACCAAGAGGCGGUCAGCACAAUACACCGCUGCUCACAGGAGAGUUCUCGCUUCCAGGAACUGGCAGAGCAAAUCAUCGUCAACUCCACGAUACGAGAGGUCACCAGUCUGGAGGAUGCCCUCUUCAAGCCAGUGCAGAGAGUUCAACGUAACACCCUGGUGCUAAAUGACCUGCUGAAGUACACACCCAGCGACCACCCCGACUGUGCCGUGCUCCAAAAGGCUCACAAACUGUCCUUGUACAACCUGGAGAAGUUUGCCCAGACCGCGCCCAAGAACCACACGACUCAGGAGAAUCGGCGCCUGGUAAAGAGCAGCUUCCUGGUGGAGCUGGUGAACGGUGUGAGAAAACUCCGGUACGUGUUUCUGUUUAGCGACGUCGUCAUCUGUACCAAGAGAGAAACAAACAGGAACAACAAGGCAUCGUUUGACAUCAAGUGGUACACGCCUCUCAGCCACGCCUCCUGCGACACAAGGUUCGCUUACACAGACGACGCCAAACACUCAAAACGGGAAGACAUCGAUGAACUCAAAAACAAACUCCGAACACUGAAGAAGGAACUAAAGACGGAAAUGAAGAAAUAUGAUGAAAAAGAUAAACACAGAUCUAUCGUCAGCUUGGGGGGAGCCGCCAGAGUCGUGGAAAAACUCCGGAAGAAAAUAAAUCACUACGAAGCCCAGCUGAUCCUGGCCUGCCCCAAGCUGCCAUUCAAAGUGUCGCUGCACGGAGGCAAAGUCUACACGCUGCUCAUGACCACCGACUACGAGAGGGAGGAGUGGAAGGAGACCAUCGCCUCGCUCAGCAAAAAAUGUGUUCCAGGGGAUCAGCAGAACCAGAUGAGCUCCAUAUUUAUCCAGGAAUUGAUCAACAGUGUCAAAGAAACUCCUCAGAUCAACAAGAUCGGAAACGUCUUACUUCAGAGAGAUGAAGACAUGCUGAACGGGAUCCUCAACGUCACGAUCCACAAGCUCAACGGCCUCUCUGAGGAGUGUGACACGUACUGCUGCCUGGAGAUGGACUCGUUCGGUCACUUCUUCAUGAAGGCACGCACGCACAUCUGUGAGGGCUCUCGUGACCCCGCGUGGAACGAGGACUUUGAGCUGGAGCUGGAGGGUUCUCAGACGCUGCGCAUCCUGUGCUUCCAGAAACUGUCGCGAGAACAUGGGGACGACUUGCUGGGGAGAGGGGCCUUGGAGCUCAGCAAAUCCUGGCUGAAGGGAUCUUUCCAAGAAAAGACAGUGGCUAUGAAUGAGGUGUCCCUCGUCAUUUCCGUGCGCCACACGCCGGCCGAGAAAACCAUGAGACGCACGCCCUCCAUGACUGGCUCGGCUGUGUUUGGCGUAGAGAUUGCCUCUUUGGCCCGGCGGGAGGGCAAGCCCGUGCCCUCCAUCGUCACCGCCUGUCUGAAGGAAGUGGAGAAACGAGGUCUGGAUGAGGUCGGGAUCUAUCGAGUGUCUGGGGUCACGUCAGAGCUACAGUCGCUGAAGAAACUCUUCGAUAAAAACAUCAAGGUCGGUGCGGCGGCAGUGACAGACGUAGACAUCCAUGCGGUGACUGGCGUGCUCAAACUGUACUUCCGGGAACUGCCGUCGCCGUUGUUCACCGAGGAAAGCUAUCAGAGUUUUAUCGACACUUUACGUCUGUCAGACGAGGAAGCCAAGGCUCAAUGCAUGUUGGCGCUGUUGCAUGGUCUGCCCGACACCAACUACUUCACCAUCGUCAACCUCAUGGAACAUUUGAUCAAGGUGGCGAGAAACGUCGGAGAGAACAAAAUGUCCAUACAGAAUCUGGCCACCAUCUUUGGGCCCACGCUCCUGGCCCCGGCCUCGAAGGAAACGUCCAGCGACCCCCUGGAGAUGAUGAGCAAGGGGGCGGAGCAAGUGAUGCAUCAGUCGAGUGUUGUGAAUUAUCUGCUGGGCCUGGCUGUCAGUGGGCGGAGUCUACGGAGGACCGCCUAGUGGGGGAGGGGGGGAGGGGCUACAUGAAUGAUGGCUGUCAGUGGGCAGAGUCUACGGGUCAGGGGGUGGGAUCUACGGGUCAGUGUGCGGAGUUUACGGAGAGGGCGACAUGGAUGAUGGCUGUCACUCAGUGCAGCACUUUGCCAAUUGAGAGAAUCCAGUCCACGUUUUUGCGUAUAACGGAUGGAUUUCUUUGUUUGUUUGGCUAUGGUGAAGUCUCAGUGUAAUCAGAGACGGUACGUCACGUGGUGGAUCAUAGAGACGGUACGUCACGUGGUGGAUCAUAGAGACGGUACGUCACGUGGUGGAUCAUUCCCUGAACAAAACAAAUGUCCUGCAAAGUGAGCAAACGUUGUGGUAUAAUUGUCGCCGCUGGUGCUGAGGAAAUGGUUUUGUUUACUGCCUCCAGUAGAUGUUCUGACAGAUCCGUGGCUGGUCCUGGUCGUUGUAAAGGUUAAAUGUCGUCCCAUAUCAGUGGUGUCCAACAGGAACUGGAAUGUUGCUACCAGUUUUUUCAGCUGUUUUUUUGUGUGUUUCCAACAGAGGAGUGAAGCAUUUUGUAGCACACAGUUUUUAUUCUGUUUUGUUCUUUGUUCCAGAACAUGUAUGGGCUGUUUUCACAAUAUUCCAAUUAUUCCAGGAUUUUCUAAUACUGUGCUUGUAAAAACGUGUAGAAAUGCUGUAAACUAAUGUGCUAUAAAUUCAGAGAUUAUAUCUGCAGAAGUUUCCGUAUUUCUUCUCUUAGUCUUGUCCAUAGCUUUUUCUCGCCAUAUCUCGUUUCUGUCAGGGAAAUGACGUCAGUGUGUUCCAAUCUCAUGUUCUGAACUAAUGGUUUGUCUUAGGAUGAUUGAUGCUGUUUGUCAGUGACAGACUGAAAUGUGAUCUAGAGGGUUCAAUUGACAGUGAGAGACUGAAAUGUGAUCUAGAGGGUUCAAUUGACAGUGAGAGACUGAAAUGUGAUCUAGAGGGUUCAAUUGACAGUGAGAGACUGAAAUGUGUUGUAGAACAGGGAGAGUUCAAAGCUAGAUCUACCGUUGUAGAGCAGGGAGAGUUCAAAGCUAGAUCUACCGUUGUAGAACAGGGAGAGUUCAAAGCUAGAUCUACCGUUGUAGAACAGGGAGAGUUCAAAGCUAGAUCUACCAUUGUAGAACAGGGAGAGUUCAAAGCUAGAUCUACCAUUGUAGAACAGGGAGAGUUCAAAGCUAGAUCUACCGUUGUAGAACAGGGAGAGUUCAAAGCUAGAUCUACCGUUGUAGAGCAGGGAGAGUUCAAAGCUAGAUCUACCGUUGUAGAACAGGGAGAGUUCAAAGCUAGAUCUACCGUUGUAGAGCAGGGAGAGUUCAAAGCUAGAUCUACCGUUGUACGUUUCCCAGUCGCAACUGUUGGGGGUCAGAAAAACAUUGGGCUCUGUCUACAUUUAUUGCUCUAGAAGAAUGUUAAGUUGUUUCUUAUCCUUUCAUGACUUGUACGCGUACGUUGUUUUUUAUCCUUUCAUUACUUUUACGUGUUAGUUGUUUUUUAUCCUUUCUUGGCUUUACGUGUAAGUUGAGUUAUUCCGCCUUGAUGACAGUUUUUUGGAAAAUGUAUUUUGUCGCAGUCGCUAGAAAAAUGAGUAGCACCUGUAUUUUUUUACUCAUCCUCUAUUUCAGCGUCAAAUUGGGUCGGUCGCUCAGUUAGUCGGUCGCUCGGUUUUCUUGCGAAAACGACAGUGAGCUCUGUACUGUGGUGUGUUCUACCCAACAACUUUCAUGUGGUAAAUGUAUUUAUAUAUAUAUAUAUAUACAUUAUGGGUGUUAUUUAUAUAUAUAUAUAUAUAUAUAUAUAUA